UGGGUUUAAACGUUCCAGCGGGAGGGGCGGGCCUAGGCGCCGGUUGCUGCGGGAGGCGGGGGCGACGAAGCCGAGCGGGGUCUCUCGAGCGGGCUCCCGGGAGCGGCCCCGGCAUGGUGCCCGCGCGGCCCCGCGUGAAGAGCGAGUACAUGAAGCGCUUCAAGGAGCCCAAGUGGGAGUCGUGCGGCCCCUGCUACUGGGAGCUGCUGCGCUACCGCCUCAGCCGCCGCUUGCUGGAGCAGGCGCACCGGCCCUGGCUCUGGGACGGCUGGGAGCCGGGCAGCAGCGGCAGCAGCGCCGGCUCCCCCUCGCCCCCCGGCACCAGCCCCCCGGCCGCGCCGCCGCCGCCGCAGCAGCAGGAGGCGGCAGAGCCAAGCGCGUCGGGGCCCGGCGGCCGCCGCCGCGUUGGGGAGCCGGGAGCAGCGGGGAAGGCGAAGCUGGCGGAGCCCCUGCGCGCAGCGGAGAAAGAAACAGAGGGAGACAACCAAGAAAAAGUUGCAGAACAGACUUUGGUAAAAGAAACUGACAGAUCAACCAGCCGUACAGGACAACAUCCAAGUCGAAGUGCCUUGUCCAGUCAGAAAGAUCGAAGAUCAGCUAAAAGUCCUCAAAGGACAGAUGCAGCAAAGGAGCAUAAACAUCCAUUUGCUUUAUAUGGCUGGGGAGAAAAACAUACAGAUACCGGGAGCCAGAAAACUCACAACGUCUGUGCUUCUGCUUCAGCACAUGAAAUUCAUGAGUCUGCACUACGAGCAAAGAACAGAAGGCAAGUGGAGAAAAGGAAAUUGUCUCAAAGGCGAGUGCACUCUACAGAUGUGGAUCGAACCUGGAGAGUAAAGCCUUCCCCUCCAGAUAAUCCCUGGAUGACCGAGUACAUGAGAUGCUACUCUGCAAGAGCUCGGUGAAUCAAAACUUGCUUGGACAUCUCUCAAAUAUUUAUAUUAAAUCAGGACACUGGUGCAAACUACUUUUGCAAGGUUUUUAUAGGAGGUUUCCAGCAGUCUGUUACAAUGUUUGUUUGUAUUUUGGCUACCUACCUCAUCAGUAGAGCGUAGAGCUGGAGCCAUAACAUUUGAAGAUGUUUUUAAAUAUAGUUCCUUGAAUUUUUAAAUAUUUCUCUUUUUCUGAAGUCUUUAAGAGGCAUUUCAAUGAACCUUUUGAGACAAUUUCAAAAUACUGAAAGUCUAAGUGAAUUUUUACAAAAUCUUUUAUAGAAUUGGUUCAUUGACAAACUUUCAACUGCCCCUUUAAAAAGACCUCCCCUUUUUUUGACUCCCAAAUCAUGUGAUCAUAGUGGUGUGUUGGAAACCUUUCAUAGGGUGUGACGUAUGUGCCAUUGCAUUAUUUAAAAUACUUGAUUCAACAUCUACAAAAUACCAUGUAGACACCAAUAUCUAACCUGGAAGCCAGUGGUUCUGGUACACAAUCUGAGACCCACUGAAUACUGGCCUCAUGAAAACAGCUGUUAGUGAUUGUCUGUUAUAUAGUGGAGACUUUUUUAAAUACUUGAUAUUUCUCUAAACUUUCAGUAAUUAGUGAAUCAUGCAGAUAUUCUUCAAUUGAGUUUCAUUGCUGUUUUUAAAAUGUCAGUGGAAUAGAUUAAUAUGAUCUAGUUAUUGUGGUGACUUAUUUUCCAAGUGAGAAGCCACAGGAUUAAUUUGUGAUUACUGUGACUAUUACACCAAAUGACUGAUGCAGACAAUCAUUAUCUGAUGGCUGUUGGUCAAUAGGCAGUUGCUUGCUGUACCAGUCUUGACCUGAUACCAUCAUACUGAGUUAGUAAAAACACCCAUUUUGUGCUUAAUCAUUUCAAUACCACCCUCUCAAUGAAGACUGUAUAUACUUCAAAAUAUACUUCAUUGACCAGACACCAGCAGAUUCAUUAAAGGCUUGUUUAUUUUGUUUGUUUUAAUGUUUGUAUCUGGAGAGUGGAGAGAGUAUUUCACUGGUAUGCAUUCCAUUUGGUUUAGUAUGGUUAAUGAUACUUUGCUAGAGGUUCUAGAUUUGCAGAACAAUUUUGGUAAACAUUUACAAAUGAAGUUUUCAUGGGGUCAUAUCUGUCCUGGGGGCGCAUUCAUAACUCCCUACUAAGGGGAAAGAAAAACAAACCCCUUAGUAACUGGAGACUAAUGAAAUCUCUUGGCUGUUUUUACUUGGUGGAUCUGUUUUUUGUACAAUGUAGGACUGCCAGUAAUGUUGGCUCCUCAAUUUGUUUCUUUACUCAGUUGUUCUAAAUGGAAUUUUUAGUUUUGUAGUAAAUGUGAGCUUAAACAGAUCCUUGCAAUAGUUGUGCUUUUUGAGAUCUCUUUGAAGUGUGGCGGUGGUAAUGUAGUAAUUCUGAGGUUCAUUCUUUUACAGUCUGCUUUGGAAUCACUGACAGCUUUUGACAUAGCUUGAUCACACUUAACAUUUCAGAUUUUUUUUUAAAAAUCUGUUAAGAGAAAUGUUUUAUGUCCCUAUUAUUGGAAGAGUAGUAACUGUGUGCUUAAUGCAUUUGACUAGUCUGCUUAACUUCACUGUAGUGAAAUGCAGAAAGUAAAGUACACAAAUGGCAAUAAGUAAACUGGAAUCCAAAAAUCUAAGGUUAGUAGUAAUAUAGGAGUUGGUGUGACUCAGUCUAGAAUAGUCAGGCUUUCCUCAACGAAAGGCUGGCUGAAACUAGCCAAAUUGAAAGUCAUGUUUGCUCAAUCAUAUUUAAGUUUAAAGGGUUACUAUUAGGCUAAAUAUUUUGAAAGUUGUAUGUCACCUGAGGCCAGAGAUAAUUAAAACUAACUUAUUAAAUCCUUCUGUGUUUUGUUAAAACUAAGACAUGGCCUCAUUUUCUGGCUUUAAAAACUUUUCACUUACAAUAGAAUUACAAAAAGGAAUCAAAACAUCUAAUAUUAGAUUUUAUACAACUUUCUAAAAGCCUAGCCUUCUAAAACUAGUCACUAGAGGGUUUUUUAAUAGACGGACCAUUUGCUUUUCAGAUCUAACUUCUGUUUAAAAUUGAAAAUAUUCUGUAACUUGUGGCCAGUAACAUUAAACACUAAAAUUGAGCUGCUUAGUAGAUCUCCCUUCCAGAUCAAUGCCCAGUAUUGAGGACAUCCUAGUCCAUUGCAUGUCAAUUUUUUAACUUAACUGAGAUCUUUCUGCUAUAUGGGGCCUAGUUUACUUUCCCUCAAGGUACAUCUGCUGUAAACAUGGUCUAAUUCCAAAUGCCCUCUUCUGUUCUCAGGGUUAACUUAUCUUCCUGCAGACAGCAGCACAGAAGCUCCAAUAGCCCUAUGCUAGCAACUGUAUUGGAUAAACAAAAGUGGUGGUGCCCAUUUCUCCACUGCUCUAAAAACUGCUUUUACUCAAACAUUGGGUGCAUCUCUGGCUUUGCUGGAAUAUUUUGAAGUACCUAAUGUUUAGUCUUUCUGUUCCAUACUUUCAGUGCAGAUAUCAAAUCAGCCAAACUACUGCCUUGGUCUUCUAGUAUUUAAAGAUUCAGUAGGUUUGUUUAAAUAUCUUGUAUAUGGCUUAUGCCCUACCUAAACUACAGCAUCAGUUUCUUUGACUUUUUUUUAAAGGGGUUGUUCCGUUUUCACCCUCUGGCCAAGUUAGUUUUGACAGGAACAGCUGUUGACUAACUUGCUAAAAGGCAGUAGUGUCACAAAAUCAGGUCAUAUGUCUGUCAGUUGGAUGGCUCUGCAGUACAAGGCUGUGGCUAAAAAUCACAUUGAAUUAUGUGCAUGGACUGACUUUUUUGGUAACUCAGGUAAAGCCUGAGUUGAGAGGCAGGUUUUUCCUGGAGACUUUUUUUAAUUGGGAAAGCUGCUGAUCCUUCUGACUCUUCAAGAUAACCUUUUGAAAAUAAACACAUCGGUCACAACACUUGCGGUUUGCAUUAGAGAUGGAUUUGCUGAAGCAGACUCUCUUUGACUAUGAGAAACAUCUAGCUAGACUAAAUGUCAAACCCUCUCAGUUUAGAGGAGACAGAAGCUUGUCUUGCACUAAGUUGAUUUUAAAGAAAGUAAAUCUACCAGCUUAAUGAACCUCAUUUUGAAGACAAGGCUUGUUUUUAUUAACUUUGUGGUAAAUAUUUCAUAGUAUUUUUGCUAGUCUUCAUUAAAACUCUGAAGAGUGUCCCUUCAUUCACCAGAUACUUAACAGCAUUGUGAAACUUGAUAGAUUUCACUAAUACAAUGCUGCAGUUUGCCAACUUCAAGUUCUAUGAAGACUAGUUUGGUGUACUUUGUGUACAGUGUUGCAAUGAAAACCGUAAAAGAAUGCCUUUGUACAAUAGAGUAGCAUGCUUGUGUUGAAUCAUGCUGUCACAUCUUCCUUGCAUCAUGUAAUUAUUUACAUUUCAGUGUAACAAAUCAAAGUUUAAGAUGCCGAAAGGGACAUUGUCUAGAUGUAGAGCCAAAUUUGACUUAUGAUGAACAGUCUUGUAUUCCUAUAACUUGUUUUGAUCUACUUUAAUUGAGGCAGCAGCUGUACACCAUCCAAUUUUUAUUCUAGCAAAAGUACAUCUGUCUUUAAAUAUGUAAAUUUUAUAAUGUAAUGCACCAGCAUUGAAAGUCUGAGUUGGACAAAUGGUUAUAGUGACCAAAAGUUGUUAAUCUGAGGAUCUAUGUGCAAUGAGUUGUUGGUUUCAGUCCAUUCCUAGAUCACUCAGCAGCAAAGCCAUAAAUGGAGCCUGACCCUCAACUCUACAGUUGGCUCCUCUAAAAAUAGGGGUAGAAGGAGGGGAAAGCUGCCUCAUGCUGUUUUGUUAGCUUUUGUGAGCACUGAAUUCACUUUAAGAACUAUGGGGAGAAUACCAUCUAAGCUUGAAGCAAUAUGUGACUUUUUUAGAAUGUUUUUAAACAGUAUUUUGUUUUUAGAGCUUCUGUAUUUGUAUUUAACACUAUGUAGGGUCAACUUGUACAUGUGAAUAAAACUGAGUGACUG